CCUCGCGGUAUGUCAGUAGGGAUUAUGUCUUGACAUUGUCAUCUCUGCCGAUUUAGGCAGUAAACAAUACGCGUUGUACUUUCAGAUUUGUUAGGGUUAGGAAUUCCUGUUUUACACCUGUUAUCUUUCUCUUGAGUUUUUUCCUUUUUUCGAUUUUGACUUGUCAAUUUUUUCGGUUCCUUUUUCACAGGGGACGGGGACGGGCUCCGCUUGCUGGAUGCAGCUGGAGGCCUUGUGGCCCCUGAAUCUGAAACUUGUGUUCAAUUGUAUUUUUGCCUUGGGCACUGGGCCCUGAUAAUAAACGGAAUCUUUCUUUUAAACAUAAAAAAAAUAAAAAAUCACGCGCUGGUAGAGCGUGACGUUACACUCACGCACUCAGGUCUUGAAUUGCUUUUUUUUUCUGAAGAUUAGGGGUGCAGAGAUGGCUGGCAGCGGCGAUUUCAGUUCCUCCUGUCGAUCUUCAUUCGUAUCUAAUUUCACCUGCCUUUUUGACAAUGUGUCGACACCUGGAGGAGGUGCUGCCCUAACUGCCCAACUGUUCUGUGAUGAAGUUGAGUCCAUCAACGCGAAGCUGACUGACGUAACUGGAGCAGUGGAUACGUCAUUUCUUCUCUUCUCAGCGUACAUGGUCUUUCUCAUGCAGGCUGGUUUCGCCAUGCUAUGUGCCGGCUCCUGUCGCGCCAAAAAUACCAUGAACAUUUUGUUGACGAAUAUUGUUGAUUCUGCAUCUAGUGCCAUUGUUUUCUACCUCUUUGGCUUUGCCUUCUCCUCUGACGCCCCUGAUGACAAUGGUUUCAUUGGAGGUUCGUAUUUUGCCCUGCACGGCUAUAUCCGCAAGGAGAUGUGGGUCUUUCAAUGGGCCCUUGCGGCAACAGCAGCGGGGAUUGCCAGCGGGUCGAUUGCAGAAAGAACCAAGUUUUCAGGAUACCUCACAUACUCCACUUUUCUUACAGGUUUUGUGUACCAGGUUGUCGUUCAUUGGGUUUGGUCGACCAAUGGAUGGCUGUCCACAGCCCGAGAGGUUGGUGGACGCUUGUUUGGAACAGGAAUGAUUGAUUUUGGGGGAAGUGGGGUUGUGCACAUCACUGGAGGCUUGGCAGGACUCUGGGGAACCUUAAUAGAGGGCCCUCGACUGGGGCGAUUUGGACCGCAUGUUACCAAAGUCACCAGAAUGCAAAUGAGUUGCAGUGAGCGCAUGUUUGGUGCUGCUGAGAGGCUCGGCUCUCGUGUCCACGGUUCAGGCGGUGUUCCGCCUGAGUUUAGAGGCCAUAGUGUGGUGCUUGUAGUCCUAGGAACACUGCUGCUCUGGUUUGGUUGGUAUGGAUUCAAUCCUGGUUCAGCAUCGUACAUUACGAAUGGAAGGGCGGCUACGGUCAGCCGCGUGGCAACCACCACGACUUUGGCCGGUGCCGCGGCAGGCGUCACCACUCUUUUCGUCAAGAAGAUGCAGAAGGGCCAUUGGAGUGUGCAAGACAUUUGUAACGGCCUUCUCGGUGGGCUUGUCGCAGUGAAGCUCCCCACUAAUGGAACGGAGGCACCAGUGAAGUAGAUAGAAGUGCAUGCUCUUAUCAUCACUUAUACCUGCAACAGCUGAUGUUGUUUGUUAAAAAAAAAAAAAAAAAAAGGGAAAAUAAAAACAUCAAGAAAUU